AUGCUUCAGUGGAGGAGGAGACACUGCUGCUUUGCAAAGAUGAGCUGGAAUGCCAAGAGGUCUCUGUUUCGGACCCAUCUUAUUGGUGUACUUUCUCUUGUGUUUCUUUUUGCUAUGUUUUUGUUUUUCAAUCAUCAUGACUGGCUGCCGGGCAGAGCUGGAUUCAAAGAAAACCCUGUGACAUACACUUUCCGUGGAUUUCGUUCUACAAAAAGUGAGACGAACCACAGCUCUCUUCGGAACAUUUGGAAAGAAACUGUCCCUCAGACCCUGAGGCCUCAAACAGCAACUGACCCCAACAACACGGAUCUGUCACUGCAAGGAGUCACAGGGCUGGAGAACACGCUCGGUGCCAAUGGAAGCAUUUACAAUGAGAAAGGUACUGGACAUCCAAAUGCUUACCAUUUCAAAUACAUUAUCAAUGAACCUGAAAAGUGCCAGGAGAAAACCCCCUUUUUAAUACUACUAAUCGCUGCGGAACCUGGACAAAUAGAAGCUAGACGAGCUAUUCGGCAAACUUGGGGCAAUGAGAGUCUAGCACCUGGUAUUCAAAUCACACGGAUUUUUCUUUUAGGCGUAAGUAUUAAGUCAAGUGGCUACCUUCAACGUGCAAUACUGGAAGAAAGCAGACAGUACCAUGAUAUUAUCCAACAGGAAUACUUAGAUACAUACUAUAAUCUGACCAUUAAAACACUCAUGGGCAUGAACUGGGUUGCAACAUACUGUCCGCGUAUUCCUUAUGUAAUGAAAACUGACAGUGACAUGUUUGUCAAUACUGAGUAUUUAAUACAUAAGUUAUUGAAGCCAGACCUGCCUCCUAGACAUAACUAUUUUACUGGUUACCUAAUGAGGGGAUAUGCACCCAAUCGAAACAAAGACAGCAAGUGGUACAUGCCACCAGACCUCUACCCUAGUGAACGCUACCCUGUCUUCUGCUCCGGGACUGGUUAUGUUUUUUCUGGAGAUCUGGCAGAGAAGAUAUUUAAAGUUUCUUUAAGUAUCCGUCGUUUGCACUUGGAAGAUGUAUAUGUGGGGAUCUGUCUUGCCAAGUUGAGAAUUGAUCCUGUGCCCCCUCCCAAUGAGUUUGUGUUCAAUCACUGGCGAGUUUCUUAUUCAAGCUGUAAAUACAGCCACCUAAUUACCUCUCAUCAGUUCCAGCCUAGUGAACUGAUAAAAUACUGGAACCAUUUACAACAAAAUAAGCACAAUGCUUGUGCCAAUGCAGCAAAAGAAAAGGCAGGCAGGUAUCGCCACCGUAAACUACAUUAG